CGUUGUAUGUGAUGAGCACCCGCGUCCCUGCAAUGUACCGGAAGUUUUGCGCAAGCUGGUAACAGUUUUGGCUGUUUCAAAUACAGGAGUGCAGUACUGACCGCCUUAAAAGCCUAAAUCGAGGGAGUCUCCGUCAACAGCUUAGCGGUUGAUGGUUGAUUCUGCAGUUGACUCUGCAGGCGUCCCUCCAGUUGACUCAGCAGACUGUAUUGCGGGAGAGCAAGCGGCUGCCUCGUUCCUUGACGUGCAUAAAUAAAAUCUGUGAAAUCAUGCUGUCGUGUUUGGAGAAAUCGCCAUCCCAGAGACCGUCCUUCGACAGGUUGGUCUCCACUCUGGUGUCAAUUCUCGACACUGAAAAGCACUACAUGGAAUUCAGUGGGACGGCAGGCGGGAAAUGCCCUAUUCGCAAACUGACUGGCAAAGACCAGUCACAGACCCAUGACUCACCGGAGAUGUUUGCGUGUAGCUCGCCGGCACCGUCCCUCCGCCACUCCCCAUCGGCCAAGCUAUCACCGAUAGAAGAGGAAAGUGUAUCUGACCUGCAGACCUACAGCACGCAUUGCUCAGACACCGGGAGCGAAGACAGAAUGUCUUCGGCCGCAUCCUCAUUUCUAUCAGCCACAUCACUGUAUGGAGCAAGACAAGCGAGCGAGCAUAAUCAUCAUCAGCAAACAGGACACUAUUACGUGCAGUGUCCCAGAUCGCCAGCUCACAAGGCCUUCCCGUCGAUUGUCUUCAAGUUUUCCAGCGUCGACGAGCGCGAGGAGUCUGACGACUUCCCAACACAUCAGCGCGGGUCUAUUGGCCACAGUGUUGCGACCGCGCCACCCACUGCCCUGACUGCAUCGGCACUAGGGUGAUUUUAAAAGGUUAGAAUUUCGUUGCUGAAAGUGGUCACAACUUCCUGAGAUCAGAUUCUUCUCUUUUAAAAUCUCCCAAACGUAUUUUAGCGGCAUAUUAAACAAGCACUUUUUAACAGUGCUACCUGCAAAACGAACAAUCUUUUUAACAGCACUGCUAACAUUAUGUUUGGUUCAGUGUUCAGAUGUCCAGCACAUUAAUUUUUAUCCUGAUGUCUUACUCAUUAAAAAAUAUUUUAACCCUUUCACUACCCAUUAUUUUCGGAGUCAAUUCACAGUCUACAAAA